CUUCUUCCAUUCGCAGUUUGACGCCCUAGCGUACAGGACGUUUGUGGUGUUGUUCGGUGUUAUUUCAGUGGUCGUACGUGGUGGUGGUACGCCCCGGAUUUUCUGGUGGUCACCAGUUUUUCCAGUGAUUACGGAGCGUAUCUGUGGCUCAAUUUGGCGACCACUUUUGGUUCCGGUGCUGCGCUUCCAGUUGAAGAUGUGCAAACUCUAGGACGUGUUCUAUAUAAGAUAGAAAAUAGACAAAGUGCAUUCUAUUUGGAAGUGAUAGCAAUCGGGUCCAGUUCUAGAUGGGAAGUCGGGUGUGAAUGGAUCGAUGGAAUUUGGCAGCGCAGGAAAAAAAGUCCGUUUCCUGAAAGGCAGUAAAGCUGCCUGCCGCUAAACUGCUGGCAGAAAGGUGCAAGAACGUGCCGGAAGUGUUCGAAGUGUGUGUAUUCCAGCCCGAAGGAAGCUAGUGGUCCGUAUAUUUUGCCUCUCCGGCGUGAGGGUAGCUCGGCGAAAGAAGAAAAUUAAAUUCCGAGUUGUGUGGUUUCUCCGUCGUUGCGCUGGAGUAGUGUCCUUCGGGAGACCCAACCACAGCCUCCAAGAUGACGAAGGAUAGAUUAGCAGCCCUACAGGCGGCACAAAGCGACGAUGAGGACAUGCCGGAAGAUGUGGCCGUGCCGGUGGAGGGCGGUUUUAUGGAGGAGUUCUUCAAAGAUGUGGAAGACAUCCGGGAGAUGAUCGACAAAAUCCAGGCGAACGUGGAGGAGGUGAAGAAAAAGCACAGUGCCAUUCUGUCGGCCCCACAGUCAGAUGAGAAAACCAAACAAGAACUCGAAGACUUAAUGGCCGAUAUUAAAAAAACUGCCAACAGAGUAAGAGGGAAGCUUAAGGCCAUCGAACAGAACAUUGAGCAGGAGGAGCAGACGAACAAGUCCAAUGCCGAUCUAAGGAUACGGAAGACACAGCACUCGGCGCUGUCCCGCAAGUUCGUCGAAGUGAUGACCGAGUAUAACCGGACACAGACUGACUACCGAGAGCGGUGCAAAGGAAGAAUACAACGACAAUUGGAAAUUACGGGUAGGGCGACGACAAACGAAGAGCUGGAGGAGAUGUUGGAGCAAGGCAACUCCGCUGUAUUUACGCAAGGGAUCAUAAUGGAAACCCAACAAGCUAAACAAACGCUUGCCGAUAUCGAGGCACGGCAUGCAGAUAUUAUAAAAUUGGAGAAUUCAAUUAGGGAGCUUCAUGAUAUGUUCAUGGAUAUGGCAAUGCUCGUCGAGAGUCAGGGCGACCUGGUGGACCGAAUUGAGUACCACGUUGAACAAAGCGGGAACUAUGUGGCACAAGGUCACCAGGAUCUGGUUCAGGCGAGCAAGUACAUGUCCAAAGCAAGAAAGAAGAAGAUCAUGAUCCUGAUAUGUCUCACUGUACUCGGUCUCAUUGUGGCCUCGUACGUCAGUAGCUACUUUAUGUAAAAGGUGCCAGCAGUAGCAAACAUCUGUAAUCUACUACUUCUACCACCACUACUACUACUACGACCUGAUCAAAAAAACCGGAAGAAUGAAAGGUGUCAAUAAGACGAAGAAUCAAAUUUCAAGAGCACAAGGAACAACAAGAAAAAAGUACAUUCUACAGAGCACACAUCUGUAGCCCAAAAUAACACCACCAAGAGUCAUUAUCAGACAAACAUGAACAGCAGAUGAAAAAUACUCAACAGUGCUACCAAUAUCAAUAGUUUUGAAACACGUCUUCAAUGGAUUCUUCUACCAUAAAACACCUACCCUGUAAAUGUCGUAAAAAUAGUCUUUUGUGUUUGUCUUAAAGACGAACUUAUCCGAAAGUUUAUGAUAGUUUACUUCCCGGUUCAAUUACUGAGUUUCUUUCCAUCGACAUUCUGGGCAUUCGAUUCCGUGUUAGGCACAUUCAGGUUCAGGAGCCGGAGGCCAGCGAGAUUUUCUUUUUUCGAAAAAUACUUACUCACACACACAUACCCGCGAUGAAGUACCAGCUGAGAAAAAAAAACUAUAUAAGGCCACAACACAAUGUCUGUGAUGGAGUAAUAUUACACGAUACUUAAGUGAAAUCAGAAUAUCUCCCUCUGUAUCACCAAAAUGAAAAACAAAAAUCUUCUGUGCACCAAUUAUCAAUCAUAAAAAAAAAAAUUAUCGCCACUCCCGUACAUCCAGAGAAGUCAAACAAACAAUAGAACAGAACUCCAGAAAACAGCAUUCGGUGUAGUUCGUCACAUGUCACCAACCACCAACUUCCACCAACCACCAUCAUUGCCACCUGUACACACCUGUCCGGCUCGAGCAAGCACAGCGCAAGAACGACCGAGGACUACAUUAUAUGAUUGCACCAAAUCCCUACCCAUCUCUGUGUCUGUCCAGCAAAAAUACUAUAUCAAAACCUGCAACCAAGAAACAUUGUGUAAAAGUAUCAAACCACACCGCAAAAAAAAAGCAAACAAAUCAAUCCAGUAUGCCAGAAUACAAAGUAGCGAAACCCUAUUUGAGCAAAAAACCGUGUAAAUUAAUCAGAAGAAGAUCAUUAUCCUGAUAUGUGUGAGCAUCCUUCUGAUAGUGGUCGCAUCAACAAUUGCCGGAUAUUUCGGUUUUUAAAAAGCAAACCCUGCCUCAUCAGCUAACGCCAACAACAACAACAGCUCCAUUCAUUGCAUGAAGAAUAGCAACGCGGGAGAUGCCCGCUGUAUGCUCGAUCGGGCUGCCAGCUAACAGCUGUUUUCAUCUCAACUCUAUAGUCAUAGCAUCAUCUUCACUCACAUCAUCACCAUCUGGCAUCGUUAGAAGUCGCAUUUUGAACUUUUUUUUUGUUUAAUGCAACGCGUUGCAACUACAACACUCAGCAUCGCCUAAGGCAAGCCAAGCAAAUGGAGAUAGAUCGAGAGUACCUAUAAAUUAAAAAGGAAACACUGUCUUCGCGCCUACUUUUUAUUUAGCAUCGACUGUGUUAAAUGCAACAAAUUCGCGCAAUUCCUCAAUUGAGGCACAGGAGGCGGUGUGUCAUGGCGAGAUUUGUAACGAUUUUCCUUUAGAGAAAUAGAAUCCUGCCGUUCUGAUAGGCAGGCCCGCAACAGCAAUUAGAUCGGUGGAUAUCGAGUAACAGAAAAUAUUCACACGUGGAAAAGUGCGACCUUUCUAUGUGACUGAAGAUGAGGCGUUAAUUCGUACCUUCUCAUACUGCUCGUCACAAUUGCCAACACGAUUGUUUAGAUACUGAUCAACUGUAGACUACCGGGAAUAGGUAUUAGCAAGAGAAAGUACUCAGUCACAGCUGCACUAACACAUCUGAAUAUAAACCAGUGGCACGAGUGACCGCGCUUGACGAUCUGUACUAUCCGCUGCUUUCAAUAGAUCUCAAAAUUGCCACAUUCAUCAGCAGUUAGUUAUUUGUACAUGCGGACGCUGAAAUAUUAUGAACAAUACGCGGAGACGAAAAUAUGUACCCCCGAAACUUACGCUUGUUGAUUAUUUAUUAAGUUUGUAAGAUUAGAUAGUUUUGGGUCCUCUUCUUAGCAGGACACGCACGCGAGGGGUGCACUACUGUUAUGGGUUCGUUCGUUUCGUUGAUUCUAGUCAAAUCGCUAGUGGUUAUGUGUUUAGGUUCAUUUUGUGUAAAUAUACUUUUUAGCCAACAAUUAAACUAUUUACGGAACAACUAGCUUUUAUUAACUUGCGAACCUUUCAGGCAAAGCCAGAAAAGAAAAAUGAAAUACAAUGUGCAGUGCAGUAGCCGAACCGUUUAAAAAAUGUUUGUAUAGAAAAGGCUGUAGCUAAGAAUUCGAAGAUAUUUAACCAAACAAUUGAGCGUGGCAGUUUUUCGCUUGCAAGUUCAAACUGAUUUUAGGUGACAUGUUUUGUUAGAAAAUCCUAGCAAUAAUCUACAAGGAAAGGGUUGUCCCACAUUUUCGUUUCACCUGUGAACAUACAGAACGGGACGUGGAUCAUGGAGGCUUAAAAAUACACACAAACACUCACUCUCCCACACAAACACUCACACGCUCGUUUAACAAAACUUAUGCUGUAAGAAGCUUAAUCUCUACCAGCGAAAUGCGUAAUGGUAACAACAAUAAUGGCAAACAGAAAUCAAGACAAGAACACUGGAGUAAAAGAAAAAUUAAAAACGUUCAAGAAAAUGUGUGAUAAUAUUUAAUGAAAUAAUCUCUAACAUUAAUUUGAGGGAAAAUGAAAAAAUAUACAAAAAGCCUAUAGAUAUAUUAUUACUAUUAUUCGUAAAAAACAGUCUUAAGAGAGUGUCGUAUUUAUAGCUCCUACUAACACACAACAGGGAAGAAAGCAGCAAAUUGAAUAACGAAACAAAAAAUCGAACAAGUGUGAAUCGUUUUGCGUAGCAGUGACACCCACUCUUUCUGUCUAGGGUUAUUAUUGGGGUCAAGGUAAUAGCAAAAAUCAGCACUAAAAUCAUGUGUGCUAUGAAGGAAAGAGUUUGUUAAUUUUCUGCCCCGGUCCACAGGACAUUGCAUAAUAGUGUUGGGUUCGAAUUCGAGUUUUAGGUCGGGUCAAAUUUGUCUGCAAAUUUUAAACAUUUAACCGGUACUAUAUAUUGAAAUCAGCGCCUACUGACAUUCUUACAUACAGAGUUGGAUAUUGGGCAACUUCGUUUUCACCCAAUCGAUUGAGUUAGCGUUGGCAUCGUCAAAGAUAGCGAAUUGCGGAAAUUACAUUCCAAUUAAAUUAAGUACACAGGUACCCAGAGAGUUAGCAAUUUAUUUUAUCUGCUAAUUUAGCCAGUUCAGCAAUGUUUGCCGUGUGUUUUCGAUUGCUUACAUCUACAAUAUAUUACGAUGAAUGACUAUGUCACCACCGUGAUUGAAUUGCGCUUUCAACAUACACUAAGCACAGAAAUCGCCCAUUCAGGGGAUUGGUUUAAAAACCGAUGCUAACGAAAUGCAUUUUUUUUUCAAUAUAAAUCCAAAGUUCAUCUUCAUGUAUUUUUUGCCCUCCGCGUAGAAAUCAAACACUGCAUAUUUAAUAAAUUUCAAUUGACUACGCACUGCAAGAAGACUUUGUUAAAAGUCAUAGAUCAGACGCCAAAAAAAUUUGUCCAUACAUCAGCUUCCGUUAUAAUCCAAGACAUUCAAAUCAAGAUCGUGUAUGACCUCCAUUUGCAGCAAGGAUACAUUACACUUUGUUCUUCAUCAUGUCUCCAGCCGAAUUUGUUUUCCCAUUCGUAACUGUUUUUGACUACCCAUCAACAUGCUUUUCAUGCGGCUAGCGAACGAUGAAUGAAGAACAAAAAUACUUCCCAACAUUCGUUUAGACCGCUUAGGUGCUCCAUAUUGACGGCUCUGCCUGAAAUAGAUUGGAAAAUCUCGGUUUUCCGAAGGGUUUUCUGAAAAUCAGUUUUUGCCACAAAAUUGGUGCACAUUUUCCAACUGAUUAAUGUAAACAUUCGGUAAUUCCGUUCAGUACAAUAGACGUUACUAACGGGUCCCUCUUGUAUCAUCCGAAAUUUUGAAAAGGGGGCUCUACAUCGAAAAGUAAGUCGUAGUCACGACUAAACAAUAUGUUUAAUGUUUUACCAACGAAACCAGACAUUAAAAGAAAUUUUUCUGUAACAAUUGCUGCAUCCGAAUUAACAGGCUAAAGUGUAUUCUACUUCACCCCUGUUAUGUCACUGACCUUAACCAACCAUCUCUUUUGGUUGUUUAUAUGUAGUAGUUGCCCAUUUUGCGGAAUACGGAAUACAAAAUUACUGACCAUAUUCUAUCAGAUAGCGCAGAAAUUUAAUUAUUCCAAUUAAUCCAACGACAGUUAUUCACUUUCGAAGACUGGGAAACUAUUCCAGCAGAAAAUUCGAAUCCUCUGUAUUAGAAGCAUAAAAAUUUCAAAAAGCAAAUUUCAAGUUAAGCUUGUAAUGCACGAACCCGACAAAAUAAUUUGCCAACGAAUAGUCCCACGUCAGGUCGCGUCCCUAACAAUAUCCACCUCAAGUUUUUCGUUGUUGAAAUUGUACAGAUUAAUCGAAUUUUAUUCACAUAGAUUAUGUACGAUAGAGAUAUUUGUGGAAAAGAACAAAUUGAUACAAGUUUUUGGGAAGCUUAAAUUGCAAUACGAAAUGGGUAAAACAUCGUAAUAAAUCUUUUAAUGUAGUGUAUUCAUGGGUUGGAAACGGGCCGCUAUGGUUGGCGGUUCGAGAGGCAGCAGAAGUUAUUUCGAGCUGGUUACUUUCAAGACGGCAUAUCAGGUCAACGAAUGACGGCACAUACUUCGCCAGAACUCAUCGUCUGUACGGUACAUAUUACUGGGGUUUGUGGAAAGUUUGGUACAGAUUACCGUCAAUCUUUAAUUGUAAAAUGAGAUAGGUAAGAAAUUGUAAUCAAAUUCUGUAUUUUUGGCCCUGAAAAGAGCCUAUGUAGGUUUGUGGGACGAUAGACAGAUGAUGUUUUUUUGAGCUGAUAUACAUACUGGUAAUGGGCUGAUCAGAUCGGUUUUUGGUAGACGGCAAAAAAUACGAGCUGAAUAAUUUGCAAACAGAUUAUUACUUUCAUGGGAACCCCCAUUCGUAGAUAUCAAAUGGGGUGGUACCAACAGGGCUAUAAUAUGUUUGCUUUGCAUUCGAACAGCACCCAAGUAACCAAUAAGCAUUAUAACGUAUCCUAAUAUCUGCUUUAGAUCCACAUAUAAAGCAGUCUUAUAGAGCCGUGAAGCCCUAAAUACUGAUAUAAUGCUGGUAUUAUGCCAGGAAAGGCGAAAUAUAGUGCUAUUACUGUGUAGAGAUUGACAGCUCGUUUCUGCAGUACUAAUGCUAUUAUAUAGCACCAGCGUACAAAUGUCAAAUUUGAAAACCUUAUAUUGGCACUACUAAUGCUAUAAAAUAGUUUCAGUUGGCUGUCAUUGUCCGCCAUGGAUUUCAAACCAUUUCUUAUAUUUCCUUUCGGUACGAUGAGCAAAAAGGAAAAUUUUUAAAAUAAAUUGUUCUGCUUAAAACCGUAAUCGAUUCUCUUCGUGUUCUAAUGCAUUGUAAUGAUUAAGGAUGGUUUUCGUUCUCACUUGAUAUGAGUGUUUCACGAAAAUUACCUUGAGUAAGUCCCGAACUGAGGUACCUUGCCUCGUCCUUCACGGUAGGUGCUCUGCGUCUGCUCCCUGGACUAUAUUGCAUAUGUUCGAUUGAAAUGCUAUAUGCCGAAUAUGAUCUUCAAGAAGAGUUGCAUAACAAAUAAACCCACAGCAUUACAAUAGCAUUAUAUCGGCUUUUUAUUUGCUCUAUAAUGGUACUAAAUGCACUUGUAAAGCUUACAUGCUAUAAAGAUCCUUGAAGCAUGUACGCGUUAAAUAAGCUUUAUAUACGCAUAUAGAGCAAGCGAUAAUGCUAUAUGUCGGCUGUGCAUUUAUGCAUUAUUGAUGCUAAUAUAGACCUUUAAUGCAUUGUUAAUGCUGUAAUGGAGUUGCAAUGCAACAUUAAUGCAAAUGUAUAGCCAAUAUAGUGCAAUGGCUUAUUGUUUAUGGUAACUUGGGUACAGCGCAAUCAUGGCGCAGAUAAUUCUAUAAAAUUCAAUAUUUUCGUUAUUUAUGGUAGUCGCACAUUUGACGGAAUUGACUAGUUAUUUCGUUCAGUGCAACAACAGUUAUUCGUAUUCAAAAACUAGGGAACUUUUCCAGCAGAAAAUUUUGAAACCUCUGCUAUGAAGGUUAGGAGUAUUCUACUAUAAAAUCAUGCAAUAUUCCUUCAGUAUGGACGAUUGGUCAUGGAUUUUAACAGUUUUCGCGGGUCCAUUACUAUGAGAGUCUUUAUUUGCGACUAGCUGGUACUACGAUCGGCUUCCAGCAUGCACAUAGAUUUCCCGGUUGAUGGUCACGGUUAGGAUGUAAAUGUCGCUCUUCAAACCACAGGAACAGAUAGCCUACCACACGAGAUCAGUGCGAACUUUGACAGCUUAAUGUGUUUGAAGGUCCAAUCGACGUAUAAUAUGUUUCUAAAAUGUCAUUCAUUUCGUUUAAAAUCGGACUGGAUCCUGCUUUAAAGGAAUAAUUCCUCUAGGCUUCAACCUGGUCAAACGGAGUUCUAUUCAGGAAAUUUGUGUAACAGACUAAGAAAUGUACUGCAGCUGUAUUGACCAUUCCUUUAGUCAACUCAGCGGAGGUGAAUUAAACAUCUUUAGUGCAGCUUUCGACCAAAACGUGCUCUCCGUUAAUAACCUUCUUCAAAAUAGUCCCGGUCCUAAGGUCGGUGAUGGCAGCGGGGGUUUCCUGUCUGCUAUCCCAGGCGAGUACUAUCAUAUUCUUGAACCUGCUGUUCCUGACUUUCUCGUAUUUCAGUCUGGCUCUAAUGUUCUCCGCAUAUAUUACCAAAAUGUACGUGGGUCUAGGACCAAAAUCGAUACAUUUUUCCUAGCUGUUUCGGAGGCUGUGUACGACAUGAUAGUCCUAACAGAAACGUGGCUAAAAGAGUAAAUCUAUAUUGGCCAUAGAAGGAGCUUCGUCGUAACCUCAAGCUUGUUUUGGUCAUUUGCCAACUCAAAGUGAAAGGAAACUGGCCUACCACGCUCCAUGUUUUUGGAAAAUGUGACAGCCUGCAACGAAAGCCGGCAGCGCAACUUGUUCGCAGAACACUUUGUGCAUGUAUACCACUAUAGUUCUGCUAAUUCGACGCAGAUAUGAGAAGCUACGAGUAAAAUGCCACGCGUGGUAUUUGACUUCAGUUUUCCGAGGUUAUCCUUUGCUGCUGGCCCUGAUCAUAUACCGUCGUCCAUGCUAAAGUAAUGUGCAGUCGCCCUUUGUAAUCCGCUGGAUAGGCUGUUUAAUCUCUCCGUGCAGGAAUGUGAGUUCCCCGCACGCUGGAAAUUUUCCCACUUGUUUUCAGUUUAAAAAAAAAUUGUAACAAACGCAUUAUCUCCAAUUAUCGUGGAAUUGCUUCUUUGUGUGCAUGAUCAAUGUUAUUACUUUGUUCGCCUGCUGUAAAAGUUGUGCUAUGUAGCCACAAACCUCAUACAGCUUACUUGGAACUGUCUGCGGAACAUGAAGUGGUAAAUCGAUACGGUAUAUAUGGGUCUCAAAGCAGCAUUUGAUCUAGUAGAUCAUGGAAUAUUUUUGGAAAAAUUGGAGCGACUCGGCGUCUCAGCUUAGGGCAGGUUAUACGCGUUAUCGGUAAUACAACAUCGGAAACGUUCACACACCUGCUCGGAAUUCCACAAGGCAGCAACCUCGGUCCGCUACUGUUCUCAAUAUUUAUAAACGGAAUGUCGCCUAGGUAGACGGUUUCUAAAAUUUUCAAAAUAAUUAAAUGCCUUUUCGACAGCUUGAAGCUACAAAAAAUGUUGCUUCUGUUUGAAGAAUGGUGCACAAAAAACUUUAUGUGAUUAAGUAUCGCAAAAUGAAGCAUAAUUUCUUUCCAUCGGGAAACUCUUCCCAUCAUUUAUAAUUGCCAAAUCUGUGGCAGUUCUCUAACAAGCACAGAGCGCAUUAAGGAUCGUGGCAUUACUCUGGAUUGUGAAUUGACUUUAGGACUGUAACCUGUAAUUUUCGACAGCGACAUGGGAAAUCGCAAUUUUCCAGCCUGUUUCGGACAAAUUUAGAACAGAAGAAACACUGCUAAUCUUUCUGUAACUUCAUCAUUGCGGUAUUUCAUAGCGACGGACGGAAGACUGUACAUGCAAAUCAGUUAACUAAGCAGGCAAUUUGUUGGGAAAUUCAACCGGCCUCCUAUCCAAUAUUCAUUUCCGAUGGUUGGAAAUACUGAAAAAACUCGAUUUCCAAAAGAUUCGGUGGAAACUCGUUCGUGUUUAGCUGUUGCUCAUUUUAUGUAAAGUCAACCGCAAAUCUUGAAUUAUAAAAUCGUGAAAUCGAGUUUUGAAGCCAACAGACUGUUCAUAUAUAUAGGAGACUAAAUAUCAAUUACCUGUGGGUCACGAUAUUCCGGUUAUGUUUCCACCCACUCUUCUUUUGCCACAAGCGAGCAAAACAAAAAUACUUGCAUGAUUCAGGCAUCCUGAACAUUUAUCACACUUUUGUUUACUAUAUCCUGACUCUUUUUUCAAUUUCUUAUAUCUACUGUAAUUUCUGUCGCUUCCUUAGUAUUCUUAAAGUUUUUAUUUUGCAAGUGAUCGUAAAAUAGAGGUCGAAAAAAGUUCGUUUAAAAUCACACAUAUUGAUCUGAGUCGGGUCAUAUCUGCUCUUCUUUCUGAUCACAAAUAAUCCACUAAAUAUUCCAAAGAUUUCGAAAGUACUGACGCAGACAUACUCAGCCGUAAGAGAUAUCACGAAAGAUCGUCCAGAUAACUUCGGAAUUGUGAUAUCCUAUCUAAACUAAGCAAAGAACAUUACUGUCCAGACUAGAACAGUAUUCAAUGAAGGACUACCGUGUCUACAUGCCCGGCCACAAAGUUGAGAUAGAUGGUGUGAUCAACGAGUCGAGUUAACCAUGCGUGGAUGUACUGGAUAUAAAUGAUUGGUUGUUUCAAGAACUCCUUCCUUCAGUGAGCUAAGAUUUUGAAUGGCAAUUGCACAGGAUGGGAUAAAAAUAUUAUGUUAGUUUUUGCCGCACAAAUAGACCAUUGUAACAAUAAGACACGGUGUGGCAAGUGCGCAGAGAUUUAUUAAGAUAUCUCUUGCAUUGGGAAUGCUGAAAAGUGCGCUUUUAUAGUGGGGAGAAAUCACUUGACAAGAAGAGUGCGACUGUGACAAUCCCCUUACCGGGACAUCUGUGGCCCUAUUCUCACAGUCACGUCACCCAGUGACUAGAAGUAAAUUUCCUUCUAGUCACAAGGUGACGUGACUGUGAGAAUAGGGCCCCUGUUACUGCCCUCAAAACCUAAAGGUAGAUGAAAUUCCUUGUAAAGGAUAACUUUUUUCUCUUGAGAGGCCACCAAAUAUAAUAAUUCGGCGAAGCGAUGACACAAAACCGAAGCGAAAAAACUCUUGUGUUACAAAUUAAAGAACGAGAAGCUUCUAGCGCUUCCAGGGCCAUCAUAAAUCUCGAGAGGCUCAACAGUUCAACCAGAGAUUUAGCUAGACUUCACUGGUUUUUAAUGGCCUGUCCUUGUGUCUGGGAUGUUGAGGAAAACGCUUAAAUUGUCCUGGUUUUAGCGUCUGGUCUAGCUUGUCAUUCUGGCCGACAGCAACCAUAACUAUACCGUAGACUAGCUUUCAAACAGACAACGCCUAAUACAUAGGAAUUUCCCAAUCGUACCAUACGAUAUCUCUUUCCAAUCUCUAUAAUGCUUCGUUAGUUAUAUUUUCAACUUCCUUUUCGUUCCUGAAAGUUGAGAAGAGAAACAACGAGACAUUCGUAACAUAUUUUCGUGUCAUAUCCGAUUGGAAGAAAAUCUUCCGUCAAGAUUUCGGCUUUCGUUGAAAUUUUCUAAAUGGCGCUGUCAUCAUUCUGCCAACUAUGGCGGGCAAGUUCGCCGCACCGAUUAAGCUUUGUUUCUUCUUGAUUGAUUUUCGCGAUGUUUACGUUUAAGAUGUUAAAUUCUAAAGAUGGGUAGCAGUUAAAAACACAAGGAGAGUUAAUUGAAAUUUGUUUUAUAUAUGGGAAGAAGUACGAAACUUUUAUUUGUAGUUAGUAGCUAGUCAUGUUUUAAUCAUAAUAUUUGAAAUCAGAGAAAAUUGUAAGAAUAAAUCGGACCGGUGCCAGUUGUGGGUCCCGAAUCCACUGUGCGCUAUUGACGGGACUCGACAGAUCCCCUUCGGUACUUCUGAAAAGGCACAUCAAUGUUUUGAUGACUCUGCUUCUUCACAUCUUUCGAGCAUCUCUUUCCAGUGGCAUUUUUCCAUCUCGCUGGAAAUCCGCGAACAUGUUCCCAGUCCAUCAAAACAGAAGUAAGCGAGACAUCAACAACAAUCGUGAACUAACUUCAUUUCGAGCUGGUGAUUAUCCCACAAACAAAAUCCUCGUGUUUUAAUUAACUUAAUUAGAAAUAGAAAUUAUCGAGCCCAAAAAGCUUUCAAUUCUUUCACUAACAAAACUACAAAGAGAGGCUAUUAACACAGACUAACAGACAUAACACUACGAGGGAAUUCCCUCAAAAAGCAUCGAUCUGGCAAUUUUCCCAGAACACUAGCUCCACCUUUUAUUCACAGUCCCAAACACUCAUUUGUUGAUGGGUUACCCCUCAGUUUUGGGAACAAUUUUCCACUAGUGGUCUGUCCCCCAUAUGCUUCUUCAUAUAUCAGUGGCGCCAUAACUUCAAAUGUGGCCACAGUCCCAACUACAAAUAUAUUUAAAAUGACCGUUAAAGAGGGCGAUGCAUUGUUUUCGAGUGUUAUGUCUGGUAGUCUGAGCUAUUAAUGUUACAGGGUCUUAGCAGCGAUGCUUCACGGUUUUGGCUUGCCUUUUUGAGGGUUAUAUAAUGAUGAUCAAUAUGGGUUCACGCCUGGACGUUGAACUGCGAAGAACCGGACAUUACUAGCAGAGCCGUAGCGAGACCUUCUGGCGGCCUUGGCGAAGUCUCAGUUUUGCGCCCCUUUGGUGUUAACUUUGUCAUUCUUUUUAGUUUGACUUUCGAACAAUGAUUUCGUACGUACUUGGAAAUUGCUCCGCUCUCCUAAGGCGGUGGCCACAAGGGCAUUUGCAGUAUUGUCAGCGAAUAUGCCGCGGUAAACAUGAAUUCCUCCGAAGAAAGAUUUAAAUAAUUUCACAUAGAAAUGUGAAUAUUACAUACGUUGUAGAACAUUCCACUGAUACAAACUCGAGGAGCAGGGAUUUCAGUUCGUUAACACCAAGAUCUUUCGUGAAUUUGGAGAGUCAAAGUAAUGUUACAAUAAAGUCGGAUGUUUCCUCGUUUAAUCACAUAAAAAUUUUGUUGACUUGACAAAACAGUUUCGGUUACAAACGGUUGGGAAUGUCAUCCCUUGCGGACCCUUUUGCUUGUCUUUCAAUUUAUUAUAUCUUAUAUAACUUAUGUCUAGGCCCGGGCAUAAACAAACUCUCCUGAAAAGACACAGACUCCGACUACCUGUUUAACAAUAUUGAUUGAGCUCGGUUAGACCAUAUUUUAGCUUCCUUUGGACCAAAGAUAAUCCGCUAAGUAUUGUUAAGAUUUUGCAAGAAUUCAACAGUGACAGAUAUCCCGAAAGGUCGUCAACUAUCGCGUAUUAAUGCCCGCUUCUAAAGUGGAGAUCGACGGUGGGGUCAAGGAUUCGAAAUUUGGGGUGGAUCUACUGAAGCACGGGGUUGGCUGUUUCAAGGUCCCUUUGCUUCAUUGAGCAAAGAAAAAUCGCACUGGAUGGGACAAAAUUGUGUGUCCCUUCAAACUCGUAUCACCCUAUACCAACUUUGGUGUAUACUUACGUCCUGAUUGUGAUGCAAAUUACUUGGUAACAGUGCUUCGGGCGAAUAAAUUGUGGGUCCCACUGACUUUUUGAAAACGAUCCGCUCGAAGCUUAAUCCUCAUUAGUCAGAUACGGUAAGGAAAGACUCAAUGUUUUUUAUAGUUGGUGCAGAGUGAAAUUAUUGGACAAUGAAUUGAGUAUUGUUCAGGGAUGCCAGGUGCACAGCUUAAUCUAUGUUUCAAAGAUUUUCAAUAUUCUGCACAGAUUUCCAAAACUGCAGUUUUCUGUUUUAAUGUAUAAAUUUCCACACUUUUCUGUUUAAGUGCACAGACUAACACAGAUUUCUCAAUUUCGGACCUCGCGCUUAAUUUUUGCCUCGUGCAAAAGCCAAAAGGAAAGUCGCCACUUCUUGUUUUGAAACAAACUUGUACGUUUUCCGCAACACAAAAAAAAAAUAAAAGGAGUCAUUUAAAGUGCUGCCUGUGGAAGCAAUUGCCAAAAUGCAAGUGUUGAAAUUACUUAUCCUCCAGGGAGAGAAAUGCGGACAAACUGGCAACCUUAGAUUCCAUUGAUAAAAUCUAGCAGUGCUCCCAAAAAGAGAUAGAUUGGCUCGGCUGGCUCAAGAAUUUGACAGUUUCGCUGGCUCAAGAUGGCGUAUCUCUCUCUGGAGGAUAACCGUUUGCCGUUUUCACUAUUCGUUUCUCUCCCUAUUCUCUCUGAACAAGCACGGUUAAUCACACUAUGUCUAUGUCCGGGGAACGUGCCAUUUGAGUCAAUAUAUUCUGAUUCCUGAUUCCUGAUUCACCAUAUUGGCGGCCUAGCAGGGAGGUGCUCACAGCGUUGACGAAGAAAGCGUUUAACUAUAACUUGAUCAUUUGCAUGGGAUGUAAGAGUUGUAUUUCUAGAAUAAAAGCUACCAAUUUUCAGUUUAAGUUGUGUAAAAUUUAACGGUAAUUGGAAAUCGUUGGAAUUUCGUUGCCAGAUACAUUACUGAGUUUGACCGAAUUGACAGGUGACAGUUCACGGUGUACGGUGACACAUCUUUUAAUGAUACCAGGAGAAUUUGACUGCAAUUUUAAAAUUUCUCUGACAGAGUGAACUUUCGUUCCGUGAAGUUUGCUAUUGAGAUUUCUGACAGCUCAUUCACAAUUACAGAUGCAAAGUCAAACCAAAAAAGUUUGGUUUGUUUUCAUCUUGGAAUACCUAACCUCAACCGGUUUUUGCAGCGCAAAAUUUUCCUUUUAUUUUCCUCAUGAAAUAAUUCCGGCACCACUUCUUUUUUUUCUGUCCACCAAACUCUCAAAGAUUCUAACAAACGGUUAGUUUCUAAUCGGCUUGCUUUCAGUUGUUCAAGUUUCAUGCAAUGCUGUCUUCAUUAAAGUUAUUUCUCCUUCAUAUUCCGGAAAGAUUACGGAUGCUUUGACCUGUGUACCCAACUAUACUUACACAUACACACACAUACACGACACACACACUGUUUCGGUGCGAAACACGAUAACAUUAAUCGUACUGUACUGCCCUGAAAUUAAUCUUACGAACGUGGGAGAAGUAAAUAUUUUACAACUUCACGAUAAGAUUCUUCAUUAGUAGGAAACAAAUAUAAACGAGAAAACAAUCAACACGGAAGUUGAAGCAUAAUCUUUGUCUCAGUUGACGCUCCGUUUCGCGCUAGGUUAUGUAAUUAAAAAGCCGUUGCCUUCGGAUUCAGUUAUGCGCUUUUCUCUUGCUAGUAGUUUGUAGGACUAAAUCAGCAACCAAGCAACAGUAAACUGUUGAGUCAAUUGUUUUUAAAAAAAUGACGGUAAUUUUGUCUACUAGUGAGAAGUAAAACUUGGUGCAAGUUGUUUAAUUUUGUUUGAAUCGCGCAAGUGUGUGCUAGUUUUGGAUCAAUUUCGUUUCGCAUGAAAAGGAAAACAAAAACAAAUAAACGAACAACAGACGAGUGUAAAUUGAAGUAAACCUAACUAAGCCAAUAAUUAGUUGAUACUGAGCUGUAUUUGAGACGAAAUCCGACGAAGAAACAUUAAAAACAAAUCAGCAUAGAGUAAUCAUAACUUUUUAAUAUGUAUAUUGACUUACCUAAGUAUCGCAUCUUUCGCAUUAUUGAUUGAUUGAGGCAAAAUGUGAAUAAAGUUUUCAUUCAAAAGGAAGCUUAGUCUAUAUAUGUAACGUUUAAUGGUAACAUCUGAGAAGUAAAAAAGCAGCAACAACUAGCCUAUUAAUUUAAAAAUAGUUAUUUAUCUCAAAGACGAAAAUAUAACGAAAGGUGAGAAAAACAGUUAAGAACAACAUAUAAAAAAGGAAUCUAACUGGAACGUUAGGCAUCUUACCUGUAGAAAAUCUACAAAUUGCUAAUAAAAUAGAGCAACAUUCGAAAAGAAAAAAAAAUGAAAUUCAAACUUCUUCCUCUCGUGGACAGCGAAAAACACAAAAAAAAACUUUGCGAAUAAGAUAGAAAAGAAAUCCCAAAAAAGGAACACAGACACAAACAAAAACAAACAAUAUCACAACAUUUAGGAGAAAAAAAAAGACAAAUACAAAAAAGGCGCUCUGUUGUACAGUGAAUAUUUUUUCUCUAUAUUUCUCUAUAUCGGUUAAUAGGAUGUAAGCAUUAUAAUAACAAAAGUAUUUAAAUCACAAUAGCUAUUUGAAUGGUCGAAGAAGGGCAAUAAAAAUAAGGGGGUGACGUCACUUUUGGGAGUCUACGCUGCGAGCUUGAAAUCAAAGUAUGCUGUGACCGAGAAGUGCGGUAGUGCGUUUACAAAACACCGGAAAAGCAAUGAAAUCGGACUUGCUCUAUGUACAUUUCGACAAAAAACAACAAUCGUAUUUUGGUUUUUAAUUUUUUUUUAUCACGUACGUACGUACGUAGCAGUGCUCCCAGAUUUGACAGCAGCCCCGAGCAAAGAGAACGAACAAUUCGAGAACGACAGUAGCGAAAUCAAUAUAAGCGUCGCCGCUGCUGCAGCAGCAGCAACCGCAGCACUAUCAUUGUGAGAUAUUAAAAAGCAAAACAAAAAAUCGACACGUGUUAAUUUUAAUUUUCCUCCUAACCCUUUCUCUUGUAUUAGAUAAGGAAUUUAUUUUUUCUUGAAAUCUUGAUGUUAAUAACAAAAGAAUAUUAUAAAAUCGAAGGCGUCGCUAUUGGCAGAAAACCGAGGAAGCAUUUGACAAAAGUAUAAGAAAAAUAAACAAAUGUUUAGAGAAGGAUCGUGUAUAUUGUUACAUUUAAUCGUAAGUCCAUUUUGAAGUUACUGACAAGUUAAUGAAGAAUCUCUCUCAAAAUAGUGUUGAAGAAAUCGUAGGCAAAUCAUACAUCUCUUUACACCGUGAGGGAAAAUACAACAAAUUACUGGUUUACCCUUCUUCGAUUGACAGACAACACAGGUCACACGAACACAGUUACACAAGCAAAACGAACAGAAAAGAGAAAAAUCAAACCCAUUCAAAUACAAAUGUACACACAAUAGAAUGCUCACAUCGCAAAGAACACAGGAAAGAUAUACACCAACACCAGCAGACAUACACACACACACGAACACACAUAGCAAAGAGAUGAUGUAUUAACAAUAACCUAUAACAAUGGAAACAAAAUAGUGACUAACAGAGAAAUCAAGAUGAAAAAAUGGACAAUUGAAAAUUGGUUUUCAUGUUAUUUAAUAAAAGAAAACAAGUUAAUAAGAUUAAAGAGAAAUCAAGUGAUGGCUUUCAAAAUUAUAUAAAAAAGAAAACUAAAAAAAUAAACAAAAGUUAAAAAUAGCUAACAAUUUUUCGCCUUUUGCAUUAAAAAACACAUA